GGCUGCUCCGCAGAGCCCGCCCGUGCCGCCCCGCCCCGCGGCCUGCGGGCCCGGAGGAGCCGAGGGGAUCGGCCCUCGCCCAGCCUACCCGAGAUGGGGACCCCCAGGCCCAGGCGUGCUGGUCACCAUGACAACAGAGACAGGCCCCGAUUCUGAGGUGAAGAAGGCUCAGGAGGAGACUCCACAGCAGCCUGAGGCUGCUGCAGCUGUGACCACCCCGGUGACCCCCGCAGGCCACAGCCACCCAGAGGCCAACUCCAAUGAGAAGCAUCUGCCCCAGCAGGACACGAGGCCUGCUGAACAGAGCCUAGACAUGGAGGACAGGGACUACUCUGAGGCUGAUGGCCUGUCGGAGAGGACCACGCCCAGUAAGGCCCAGAAGUCGCCCCAGAAGAUUGCCAAGAAGUUCAAGAGUGCCAUCUGCCGAGUCACUCUGCUCGAUGCCUCUGAGUACGAGUGUGAGGUGGAGAAGCACGGCCGGGGCCAGGUGCUGUUUGACCUGGUCUGUGAGCACCUCAACCUCCUGGAAAAGGACUACUUCGGUCUGACCUUCUGUGAUGCUGACAGCCAGAAGAAUUGGCUGGACCCCUCCAAGGAAAUCAAGAAGCAGAUCCGGAGUAGCCCCUGGAAUUUUGCCUUCACAGUCAAGUUCUACCCUCCUGACCCGGCCCAGCUGACAGAAGACAUCACAAGGUAUUACCUGUGCCUGCAGCUGAGGGCAGACAUCAUCACAGGCCGGCUGCCCUGCUCCUUUGUCACGCAUGCCCUGCUGGGCUCCUAUGCCGUGCAGGCUGAGCUGGGUGACUACGAUGCAGAGGAGCACAUGGGCAACUAUGUCAGUGAGCUCCGCUUCGCCCCGAACCAGACCCGGGAGCUGGAGGAGCGGAUCAUGGAGCUGCACAAAACAUACAGGGGCAUGACCCCGGGAGAGGCAGAGAUCCACUUCCUGGAGAACGCCAAGAAGCUUUCCAUGUAUGGGGUUGAUUUGCAUCACGCCAAGGACUCUGAGGGCAUCGAUAUCAUGCUAGGUGUCUGUGCCAACGGUCUGCUCAUCUACCGGGACCGCCUGAGAAUCAACCGCUUUGCCUGGCCCAAAAUUCUCAAGAUCUCCUACAAGAGGAGUAACUUCUACAUCAAGAUCCGGCCUGGGGAGUAUGAGCAGUUUGAGAGCACCAUCGGCUUCAAGCUCCCCAACCACCGCUCAGCCAAGCGGCUCUGGAAGGUCUGCAUUGAGCACCACACAUUCUUCCGGCUGGUGUCCCCAGAGCCCCCACCCAAGGGCUUUCUGGUGAUGGGCUCCAAGUUCCGGUACAGUGGGAGGACCCAGGCACAGACCCGCCAAGCCAGUGCACUCAUCGACCGGCCUGCACCCUUCUUUGAACGUUCCUCCAGCAAGCGAUACACCAUGUCCCGCAGCCUUGAUGGAGCGGAGUUCUCCCGCCCCGCCUCAGUCAGUGAGAAUCAUGACGUGGGGCCCGACGGUGACAAGCGGGAAGAUGAUGCUGAGUCAGGGGGACGGCGGUCAGAGGCCGAAGAAGGAGAGGUCAGGACCCCCACCAAGAUCAAGGAGCUGAAGCCGGAGCAGGAAACCACGCCAAGACACAAGCAGGAGUUCUUGGACAAGCCAGAGGAUGUCCUGUUGAAGCACCAGGCCAGCAUCAAUGAGCUCAAGAGGACCCUGAAGGAGCCCAACAGCAAACUGAUCCACCGGGAUCGAGAUUGGGAGCGGGAGCGCAGGCUGCCCUCGUCGCCCGCCUCCCCCUCCCCGAAGGGCACCCCUGAGAAGGCCAGUGAGGGCUCAGAGCAUUGGGUAUUUAUAGAAAGAGUAUACACUAGGCCAGAAGAACUUGGCCUCCUAACCAUGGCCACCACACAACGGGAAGGAAGUGAGGCAGGCCUCGCUGAGAUCCUUGCUGAUGGCAGACUCUCCAAGGUAGACAUUCUGGUGGACAAGUUCAAAGUUGAAGUGGCCACAGAAGAAACAGUGGGAGCCGGAAGAGCAAGUACUCACCAGCAAGGGAGGAUGAUUGCAAGUCCAGGAGAGUUUGAGACAAUGAGAGAGGAAGGCCCAUGUGUCAAGGGAGGCACCCAAGAGACUGCUCAAGCUUCAGGCUACACAUCAACAGACAAGCUUCCUGAGGGCUCCAAGCCCAAGAUCAGGAGCCACCGCAUCUCAGAUGGUCAGCUAGAGAGCCCAGUAGAGCUGAGUAAAGGGCUGGAGGGGCUCCAGACUUGGGGAAGACCUACAGCUCCGGGGACUGGGCCAGUGCAGGGAGAAGUUCUUUCUCCUGCAUCAGACAAAGGAGGACUCCAGUCUUUCCUGUUGGAUCCAGCCCAGGCAGAAGCCAGAGCUGACUCUAGCGAUGAAACUGAUACCUCCUUCGCAGAGAGGAGCUUCUACCUAAACUAUGGAGAGAAAGACACUGAAGACGGAGUUUUCCCUCUACCCUCAGAGGACAGAGAAGAGCGCCUGGAUGCCCCUCCUGGAGAUGGGACCUGGCUGGAGCUGGCAGGGGAGCACACGGAGCGCUUGGAGCUGAAAUCCUCAGCCCCAACAGGUUCUGCCCCAGGUUCCAGCUGGAAUAAAGAUGAAGGCUGGUCCUCCAGGGACCAUGGGAGGCCUGGUGACCUACAAGGAGCUGCUGUGGGGCAGACUUUUGCAGAGGCCUGGGAAGGAGCACAGCAAAGGCUGGAAGGAGAACUGACCUACCCAAUGGCCAGGGCAGCUGAAGACGAGGAGGCUCUCAUGAGUAUAGACCAGAUGGGAGAGACUGAGAGAAGUCCCCCAGGGAGACGGAAGAAGCAACCCCCUGGUGGAGGAGGAGGGGUGCACCUAGAUGCCCAGGCCUGCGCUCUUCUGAGGACCAUUCCUCCUCAUGUUAGGAAACCAGUCAGGAGAGACCAAAGCAGCUUUCUGCCCAAUGAGAAGAGGCCAGUUUCCGCUCAGGCUGUAGAACCCAUGACAGAGGAGAGGGAGGCAAUCAUCCUGCUGCCAGCCUCCUCUGGUCACAUUGAUGUUCUGGCAGCUGUGAAGGACACUUCUCAAAGCCAAAUCUCUCCUGGGUCAGGGAAGCCUUCAGAGUUUGGGGAUCCUUUUGGAGAUCAGUUCCCCACAAUUUUCAAACAUAUCCAUCUUUCUGAAGAGAGCCCUGUGCCCAAGGACACACGAGGUGAACGCAAAGCACCUCCAGUUGCCAGCAAGAAGCCCAGAGUUGUCCCUGAAGGAACUGAGGGGCCUGCAGUCCUGGAGUUUGUGUUCCCUUCAGGAAAGCAAAAGACUUCCCUCCGGGCUGGGGACCAAAGGGGUUCCCAGGAAGAUAUUAGCAAGACCUCAGUGGCUAACAAGAUUCGGAUAUUUGAGACCCAUGGAGUUGAGUCGUGCCGAGCCAGUCAGGGUGAAAUAAGGGCCCUUCCACAUGAGCUGCCUUCGGAGGCUUCCCCAAGGCAGGUAGAACAUCAGCAAAAUAGGCUUCUAGACUCGGGUUUUGUUCAACUCCAGCCCCCUGGGGACUUGGCCAGCCCCAAACUCACGCCUUCUUCUGUUACACCUCUGGCUACCCAGCACUAUGGGGAGGGCACCUCUGCUACUCCCCACCAGGAAAGAUGCACAGAAGCAGAGCUCGUGUCCCCUGACUCAGGCUGUGAAACCACGCUGGAGGAAGCUACCGUGAACAAAUCCGGAGAUGCGGGCAGGGAAGAGAAGAGCUUCUUCAGCCGCUUAGCACCAAACACCCCUGGGAAAGGGGGGCGCCUGAGAUUCACCAGCCCUCCAGCCCCUCAGAGAGCAGGGCUGAGGGAGGGCUCGGAGGAGAAAGUCAAACCACCACGUCCUCGUGCCCCAGAGAGUGACACAGGAGAUGAGGACCAGGACCAGGAGAGGGAUGCGGUCUUCUUGAAGGACAACCACCUGGCCAUCGAACGCAAGUGCUCCAGCAUAACGGUCAGCUCCACCUCCAGCCUGGAGGCUGAGGUGGACUUCACAGUUAUUGGUGACUACCACGGCAGCGCUUUCGAAGACUUCUCCCGAAGCCUCCCCGAGCUCGACCGGGAUAAGAGCGACUCUGAGACAGAAGGCCUGGUGUUCUCCCGGGAUCUCAAGGGGCCCUCCAGCCAAGAGGACGAGUCUGGGGGCAUCGAGGACAGCCCGGAUCGAGGGGCCUGCUCCACCCCAGAAAUGCCCCAGUUUGAGUCCGUGAAAGCAGAAACUAUGACCGUCAGCAGUCUGGCAAUCAGAAAGAAGAUCGAGCCAGAAGCCAUGCUGCAGAGCCGAGUCUCCGCUGCAGACAGCACCCAGGUUGAUGGGGGUGCCCCCGUGGGGAAAGACUUCAUGGUGACCCCCCCUUGCAUCACCACAGAGACAGUCUCCACCACUAUGGAGAACAGUCUCAAGUCCGGGAAGGGGGCAGCUGCCAUGAUCCCCGGCCCACAGACGGUGGCCACGGAAAUCCGUUCUCUUUCACCGAUCAUCGGGAAAGAUGUCCUCACCAGCACCUACGGCGCCACUGCGGAAACCCUCUCAACCUCCACCACCACCCAUGUCACCAAAACUGUGAAAGGAGGGUUUUCUGAGACAAGGAUCGAGAAGCGAAUCAUCAUUACUGGGGACGAAGAUGUCGAUCAAGACCAGGCUCUGGCUUUGGCCAUCAAGGAAGCCAAACUACAGCAUCCAGACAUGCUGGUAACCAAAGCUGUUGUCUACAGAGAAACAGACCCAUCCCCGGAGGAGAGGGACAAGAAGCCACAGGAAUCCUGACCUCCGUGAAGAGAUGCUGGCAUGUCUGGUCCAACCCAAGCCAGAGAACCAUUAAGAAGGGGCCUUCAUUCUGGAUUCUCCGACAACACCAACAUCCCAGCUGCGACAUACUGUUACUGAUGAGAGACUGGGAAGGGAAAGCAUAUAUAUAUAGAUAUAUAUAGAUAUAGAUAUAUAUAUAGGAAACACCGCGUCCUUGCACUGCUCUGGGGCUGGCGGAGCUGUCAGCUGAUGGCAACAACCGACAUCUGCAGCAACCUUCAUUUCCUUUGCAGACAAAUUGAAUUGGUGGGAAUUUUUUUUUCCAGGAAAAUAUGUAACAAUCAUAAUCUCUUGUUCCCUGGCCCCUUUCUCCUGCCAAACUACAAAAGCAGACCAUGAUGAUUGUAGAUGUUCCCUUGAACCUCGGCUGCACACACUCCAGGAUGGGCGAGCACCCGUUUGUUCUCCCCAGCCUCUGUUGCUCCCUCUAAAGCAAAGGAAGAGAAAAAUAAGAUCACGUAGCCAAGCAAGAGAAGUCACAGCCGCAAGACACGCACAGUCCACUGUUUUCCAAGAAGAAAAGAAUGGAAGUCUCCCACUUGGAGGAGGAGGGGGAGGAACACUCGAUUGUUACUUUCCGGGUCUUGACACUGGGCUGUGACAUCCACUCUUUGUCCUUCUGCCCUCCCCACUUCACCCCUGACUUCUGCUCAUCUUGUCUUCAUUUUCUGUCUCAGCUCCAUCCUGCCUUCCCCCCCCCCCCGACCCUCCUCUUCUGUGUCCUGGUCCGCCUGAGGGCCACUGCGGAUGACUCUCAUUGGAAGAAAAAGAGACUACGAGAGCAAAAGGAAGCCAUGGGAAGGGAAGUAGACAUUGUAUGUUUCCGGUUUCUCAUGAUGGAGGUGCAGCUCAUAGGAGAUUGUAUGACUGUGAUUUUAAGUUAUGUAUAUUACAUGUAACAGGAAACAAAUAUUAAAAUAAACUGUGCUGGUAAGUAUGCAGCUGACAUUUUCAAGUUAUAAUUACCUUACUGUGAUGUAUCCCAAGGUUCCUAGAUCUUGCCAAACUGGCCCAGCCGAGGACACUGGACUCUGGGUGUGGCCAGCUCCCAGUAGGGCUGACAGAUUCAGUGUAGUGAAACUGUGUGGUGUUUGUAACUGGGUGAUUGGUGGGGAGACUGGGGGGCCCUCCAUGAGAGGUGAAGGUUCGGCCAGAAGGAAACAACACAGAUGUAGUCCCGAACAUGCCAGGCCAAGAUGCCUUCUCCCCCAGCAGUAGCUGUCUGGGCCUGGGCUGUGCUCAGGCCUCUGCUGCUGAGGUCAUAGGUUAGUCCUCCUAGCUCCAGGGGGCUUGCCGCGGCUUUCAGUCCUCUUUCUGUUUUACUGUGACCAGGAUCUUUGUUUUGGUUUGUAUUCUGCCAUGUCUUGCCCUGCUCUUCACCUCCUCAUCAUCGUCAGUUCCUUCUUUUAAGGGAGGUGGUGCCCUGGCUGAGGUAGAAAGCAGUCCCUCUAACCUGGUUUUCUGAAAUGCCCAGCCAGUCUUCCCCCUCUGCCUCUUCCAUCUUGUGAAUUGUGCUUUUUCCUGAGCUAAGGUAGCCGUGAUAAAGAGGUCAUGAACACAGGAAAGGCCAUGAUAGGCCUUCUGCAUGAUAGGCCGUACUGCGUUGCCAAAGGCCUCACCUAUCCCAGAACGAUAGCAGGUAUGAGGAUUGUUGCCCACUGGCUCCAUCUGCCUUAGACUCUGGCUUGUAAGACCUCUGUCAGUCAGUAGCCAAGCUCAGAAAUGGCCUUGAGAUGACAGGAGCCUUUGGGGGAAAACCCGGCCACCAACUUGGCUUUGCACUCUGGCAUAUGCAGGCUCCUGGCUUGCUUGCCGUGAGCAGUGUCCCUUUCUGAAGGAAAUGUCCUACGGCAAUCCCAUUUCACUCCUAGUCCCGCUAAGGCAGUUCAUACAUUUAUUCAACAAAUGUUUAUGAGUUGCCUGAUUGUGCCAGGCUCUGUUUGUAAGGUGGAAGGAGAAGCAUGUAGGGGGUAGGGAACCUGGGAAGCCACCGGGCAAGCCUGUCCCUAACCGUAGCUGGCUUGUUUCAAAACACAUCUCUACUUCCUCCAUCUGAUCGGACUUUACCUGGAGUGUCUCUCAGGGGGCCAGGGCUAGAUGCGCCCUCUUUGCCUGCUUAUUAGUUACUCCUAGGAUGGACACCUUCCCUACUUACAGGUGCUGGCCUGACACAGGGCAUGCAGCUAGAACAGCUUUUCUCUGUGGCCGCUGAGAAGUAGAGCCAGGCUCUUAGCAGAGUCAGCCAUUUGCCCUGGUGCAGGCUGGUAGGCCCACUCCACUCCAGUGAGACAGAGCAUUCUCUCUGCUCCGGGAUCUUUGUCCAUUCUUGGUGGAGAAGCCACAGAACCUCCUGCCUGCCCUUUAGAACCUGCAAGCUCCUGCUGCUUCUGAGCCAAGAGCAGGAAUGGCUCUAUCCGUUGGAACUGGGCUCAGGCCUCCCCUGCCUCUGCAGGAACUCUGUGGCCUGCACGCACUGGACGUACAUACCUCAGAGGGAGGACCUUUGUUCCAAGGGUUGCACCUGCCCUGAAGGUGGGCUACAGGGCGAGGAGAAAAUGACCCGCUUAGCUUGUGGGGUGUUAGAAUUUAGGGAGAUACUCGCUCCAUGGGUGUCCUGACCUUCUCCCCGGAAAGAGGUGGUCAGCACCCUGCCCAGGGAGGAGGGGACCUGCAAAACUCAAAUCUAGGGAACUGUUUCCUCCCCGUCCUCCACUCCAUAGAGAAUAAGGACGUUGUCUUACUGUCUUCAACCUAUUUUUUUUCUUUUUGCCUUUUUAUGGUGUGUGUGUGUCUCAUCUCUAUCCAGUAGGCCAGGUAACAGAGUGGGGAAAUUCUCAGAGAGCAGAGUUCUGGGUGACCAUCUCGAUUCAGCUCCUAACUCACCACGUGACACCGGACUACUUCAUCCCACCUAACUAAAGGAGCAGGGUAAACUAGUUGCACCUAACUAAACGAGCAGGGUAAACUAGUUGCACCCUGAGCCUUUUCCCACUCUGUCUCACACACCUUUAUUUUUCCUGACUUUUGCUUUCUGUGGAUCUUUUCCAUGUGAAGGUAUAGGAAGUGCCAGGACCUGUUUCAGUUUUUGAAUCCUGCAAGCACAUACCAAGACUGGCCUGAGAUUGCAUGAGCAACAUCACUCUAAAUAUAGAUAUAUUUUUUUUCAAAAAGCACCUUACCAACCAACUGCAAUGCUGUCGUGUUCCUUUUUACUCAGUCCCCUCUCUCCUCUCUUG